AUGCGCAACGCCUCCUUUGCCGACCCUCGGUGGGAGCCAUGCAGUCCAAGCCUGGCACUCCGGAAGAACAGCGUCGCAGGACCGUUUGGCUUCCUGAAUCCGACAACGGCCAUCUACGACAUACAAGGAAAUGACAGGCCAGGGGGCGAUGGAGCGGACGCUGCCGACAUUGCGGACGCCGAAGGACAAGAGAGGGCGAAAGUGCGCUGGAACGCGCGCGACUACCGUAAAGGCCGUCAUAUUCUUAUUCUACCCCGAGCCGCACCCCUGACCUCCCGACUCGAAAGGAGCUCCAAUCCCCACCGGAUCCUCCUCGGCAUCAGCCGCAUGUUUACUCUGUUUCCAUAUUGGGACGUCUCCUGGCUAGUAGGCGUCUCUUUCACCAUCGGAUGCCUCCUCUUCAUCGUCUCCGGGCUAUUCUGCUGGCUGCCAAUCGCCUAUCCCGAGACGCAGUUCCCGCACGAAAAGCUCGUGGCCGGAGGCGUAUCGGCCUUUGUCGGCGCGACCCUGUUCCAGAUCGGCGCCGUUCUGCUAUUUCUCGAGUCCUACAAUGAUCGUGCCGAGACGCAAUUCGGCGGAGCCAUGGAGGACCUCUUUGCGAACCGUCUAGGAAUCGCUCGGCGGGCUCGGAACCACGGCCUAAUACAUUUCGAGGUUGGGGACCCUUCUAAACAACAUCUGUAUCGAGACGAUAGCCAUCCCAGGUCAACGUCGUCUGGGGUUCUCGCCUCUGCUGAAAAUAUCAAUGGCCAACGCGACGCACCGCGAGAGAGCUCGAAUGGCAAUGACGUGAACGGUACGGGGCGCCAUUGGCAAUGGUGGCCAUCUUGGCAUGAUGUGACGACGCACUACAUCUAUGAGAUUGGUUUUCUCGCAUCGUGUACAAUGUCUGUUGGUGCUACCGUCUUUUAUAUUUGUGGUAUUCUUGGAUUGCCUGGCAUAUUUGAUAAUCUCAGCGAUGCGGCGCUCAAGGGGGCCUACUACUUCCCCUAUUUGCUUGGUGGUGUCUUGUUCGCCGUCUCGUCCGUCUUGUAUAUCCUGGAAACGCAGCCCAACUGGUAUACCCCCCAGCCCUUCAAGAUUGGGUGGCACGUAGGCGUGUGGAAUCUGAUUGGCAGCCUUGGCUGGACGAUGGCUGCGUCGUUCGGGUACUGCCGUGCUAGUUGGUGUGUGUAUCAAAACGAGCUCACGCUGAUUUGGGCCUCUGCGGCCUUUAGUUUUGGCAGUGCGUUGCAGUGGUAUGAGUCCCUGGACAAGUAUGUGGUGAUAAUUGAAGACUAG